AUGCUCUUCAAGAAGUCAGGCAAGCAGAAACUGCCCCCAGCUACCGACAGCGUGCUGCGGCAAGGCCUGGUGAAGCUGGUGAAGCUGGAGAAGGCUGGGUUGUCGCCGGUGCUGCUGAUCUCGCUGAGGUUCAAGCUCGACGACGCGGUGCCCCCAGUGGCGCAGGUGCUUUCGCGGCUGCCUCCCGAUAAGUUCGAAGUCAGAGUGACUGAACCCGAGCUUGCGUCGCCGCCGUCGUCGCUGGUGUCGCCGUCCGAUGGCCUCAAAGCGCCCAAGCUCAAAAAACGCAUUUCCACCAUUGUCGAGGACCACGACUCCCUGGCGUACCUGGACGAUACUGACCUGGUGCUGGAGUCCGACUCAGAUGAUUCUGAAGAGGACGAUAGCGGCCUGGAUCGCGAGGAAGACCACCGUCACGUCGUGCGCAUGUUCUGUGUUUCAGCGGGCAGAACUCGCCUGAUCCUGGCGACCAAAGCUGCUAACGAAGAGGCUCAGCACCUGUACAGUUUGCUCGGUGAGCUGCUUAAGAUCCACCCGUUUCUGACACACUUUAACCACUACGAACUGGUGAUUGAUGAACACCAGUUGAAAGUGCUUAAUGAACUCAAGAAACGCUUGGAAAACCUGUGUCUGGGUGAAAUCCCCCCUAACUGUCGCAAUAAGACCCUCUACCUGCGCUACGGCUUGGUUACUGACGUCAUUGGUCGCGGGGCUUACGGUACCAUCAAAGUGAUUGAUCCUAAUAUUAAAACCCGCCGUGAUCUCUAUGAAGGCGGCUACUACGCCGUUAAAGAACUUGUUCGUCGUAAAGAUGAGCUGACUCCCAAAUACGCCGACCGAGUGAUUCUGGAGUUCAUCUGUGCUUGUCGUCUCAGCAACAAACACAUCCUGAAAUAUGUCGAUCUUAUGGUGUAUCAGCUGAAGAAGGGAACAAUAUUACUGGCAGUGAUGGAGUUGCUGACGGGUGGAGACUUGUUCCACUACUUGACCAUGGCCAGACUGCGAAACUAUGCUCCCAUCGCUUAUAUGCUGUUGGAGGAAAUUGACUGUUUCGUCAAGCAGAUCGCCAAGGGGUUAUUCUACAUGCAUCAACACGGGGUCGCCCAUUGUGACCUAAAGUUGGAGAAUAUUUUGGUUCAUUAUCGCGACUUUGAAGGUGAUAAUGCUAAAGUUACGCUUAAGCUUGGUGAUUUUGGCCAGGCUCAAGUCACCCGGACGCUGUGGGAGACUCACGAACAAUUGUAUUUACUGACCAACGGCCCCAUUGGCUCUGAGCCCUAUAUGGCACCCGAAGAACAUAAAAAGGAUGCUAAUUAUUCUUACUCAUUGCUCAAGAAGGACAACUGGUCGCUCGGGGUUAUUGCCCUCAUCAUGUUCCACAUUCGCCGCAUGUACUAUCCUGGCCUUCCUAAUCGUGAAGCUCCCGUCGAUGAGGAAGGGACACUUUUGGGAACCUGUCCAGUGUACGUGUGGCUGCUGACAGCGAAUAGAGUGUCCACUCUCACCGGCCACUUGAAACCGAAAGACCGCAAUUUCGCGGAGUACUUGGCGAAGCGGAUGGUCGCUGACUACGACACCCACACUAAGGAGUGGCUCGUGAAGCGAGCGGGGGCGUUCGACGUCAUUGAAAACUUAUUCAAGACCGGCGGCGGUCUGGAGGAACUGAUAUCGCUGGGCCGCGACAUCGACGAGUUAGGCGAGAUCCGACGGUACUGCUUGUAUAAGUUAUUGGACCCGGAGCCGUCGACGCGGAUGACGGCAGGCAUGCUUCUCAAGAGUGACUGGUUGACUUCAGUCGACUCUUGCUAA